UUUGAAGUUAGUCAGAAAAAAAGCUAUUCUCUUUACAAACGCUAGACGUCAGAGUUUUUUUAUCCUGUGUUCCGGGAAAUAAAAUGAAACUCUUUGGUGAAGCUGACUUCAUGACUUGACUGUCUUGCUUUACUUUUAUCAUCGAUUCAUCACUACAGGCUGUCAGGAUGUCAGCUGUGAGGAUGACAGAGGGGAGUGUACAGGUGGAGAGCUGCAAAGCGCCGCUCUUCUACAGACAGAGUGAACCUGCCGCAGGGGAAGUGAGGAUGUCAGUUUUACUCCUUCACGGCAUCCGUUUCUCUUCAGAGAACUGGCUCAACAUCGGCACUCUGGAGACUCUGGCCAGAGCAGGCUGCCGCGCGAUCGCCAUCGACCUGCCAGGACUGGGCCGCUCUAAGUCAGCCGAGGCCCCGGCAGCGGUUGGAGAAUUGGCCCCUGCAGGGUUCCUGAGAGAGGUGUGUGAGCAGCUGAGCCUCAGCCCGGCGGUGGUGAUCAGCCCUUCGCUCAGCGGGAUGUACUCCCUGCCUUUCCUCAUACAGCACCAGGCUCUGAUCCGAGCCUACGUCCCCGUGGCUCCCAUCUGCACCGACAAAUUCACAGCAGAGCAGUACCAGAGUGUAAAGGUCCCAUCACUGAUCGUUUACGGGGACCAGGAUGCUCAGCUUGGAGAAGUGUCUCUAAGCAACCUGAGGAACCUAGCCAAUCACAGCGUGGUGGUGAUGAAAGAGGCGGGUCAUCCCUGUUACUUGGACGACCCGGACACUUGGCACAAAGCUCUCACCGACUUCCUGAAGACGCUGUGAACCCCUUGCUGUGCUUCAUUGGAGAGAAGCUCAACAAUCACACAUUAACUUAGGAGCCACACAAAUAUUCCUCGAUAUGAAUUAAUCAGAAAUGUAGGCCACAGACGUCUUGCACAACCUGAUUUAGAGUUUUUAAAUAGUGCCAAGAAUGAAAUAUGCUUAUUCACUUUUUAGCCCAGAGUUAAAGGUAGGUAAGUUUGAGAAACCGGCUCGAGAUACACUUUUUGUUAUAUUCCUUGGAAUGCUCUUAACAUCCCGAUAGCAAUGAAUAUCUUUAAGUGCUUUGACAAAAAAUCCAUUAAAAAAAUUCAUCUGUGGAAGCCGUAAUACUGUAAAAAGCACGACCAAUCAUUAUUUUAGCCGGCCCGGCUAAAAUAACUGGAUGGCCUACCUGCCUGUCAGCCUUCCAUUUGUGCACAAACUGAACUCAUGCCCUCAGAGUGGCGAAGUCACGCCCAUCUACUUCCGCCCCAUGGGACCUUAUUUCUGAAAAAGUAUGUAUUGAAGUCAAUGGAGAGAGAAAACGUAUCUUUCGAUCCCGUUUGAAUUGUGCCAUGAAUUACACAUAUGAUGUUUGUCAAUCUUAAAAAAUAAUUUCCAUGUCAAAAAAGUCAGUUUGUCUUAAAACUGUUGAAAUAUAAGACUAUGAAAAAUACGCAACUAGAAAGACUACAAAUCCCAGACUCGCGUACAUUAACGUUACACAUUACACUCAUGUUACUCACCAAAACCUUGUUAAGCCGGUCCCGCAUGCUGGCUCUUACGGAACCGACUAACUCCCCAUUUGUGUAUGUACAGUUCUCAACAUGGCCAGACUUGUAGUGAUUUUCACCUAUUUUAAUACUUUUCACUUCAUUCUGAAAGAAAGAGGUGAAAUGUGCCAACGUGACGGCCAUCUUGGUGUUGGUGACGUAUGCAAGACCACAGUUGUAGUUCAUUGAGCG